UCAUCACCCAUGACGACCAUUAUAGCGAAGUUUGUGCAUCUAGACGGGUCAAAAGUGACAGAGAGGAUCGUCGGACUGGGUGGGACUGGCAUCGUAAUACAGCAGGGGCAGUAUGCGCUCAAGAUACCUCGACUGUCUAGGGACAUCGAAAUCGACGGAGUACUUCUGAUCAACGACAGCUCAACCCCUGAAGCAGGCGACUACGAUAUACGGUCUGAUCUUAUUAGCUCAUUAGAGCGAGAAAGGGCUGUCUACAGAAGACUAGGGAAUUAUCCGGGGAUCGUACACUGCUAUAACCUAUCAUCAACUGACCAUUCAAUUCAAAUGGAUCUAAUGAAGAAAGGUGAUCUUCGACAUUACUUGGCUCAACUCGAAAUAAGGCCCGAAAAAAAAAUCCAACUAUCCUGGCUUGCAAACAUGGCACAAACCCUAGGGUAUAUCCACGAUCGACGUGUUAUAGUCGCCGAUAUUCGGUUGGAUAAUCUCUUACUCGACGACCAGUUAGCCAUUCGCUUCAGUGAUUUCGGGGAAUCAACAUUGAUGCCUCUUGAUUGGGAUCUGGAUGGCGACGACGAUGAUGGUUACUCAAUUUUGACUGAUCUUGGACAAUUUGGUGCAGUAAUGUUUGAGAUUGUGACUGGUCAAGGUUGUAAAUUUGACCUUAUGCAGAACUGGAAGGAUGUAGGGGACCCAUUAACUUGGCCGCGACGAGACACUCUACCAUCGACAAGCGAUGUAUGGCUAGGUCAUAUUAUCGAAAAAUGCUGGACUCAAGGAUUCAGGUCAGCAAAAGACCUGGCAGAAGAGUUGGACAAUGUCGUUCUUAACGAGAACUGAGUGCAACAGUGCGGACAUUACAGCAGGAAACAUGGGCAAUACAUGAGUGCAGCGCGAGCGGGAAGCUGACUCUUACCGCGGUGCGGUCGCAGGACCUGGGCGAGCGAGAGGCUGUAGAUAUUGGGUGACAGUGUGCGAUAGUUCACGGCACAGGUAUCAUUCAGGGACAAAGUCGACCACAUUGAGCCUGUCUACAGCUGGGAGAUUCCUUGC